AUGGGCACUGGUGGGAGGCACUGCUGGGCACUGAUGGGAGGCACUGAUGGGCACUGUAGUACACAUACAAUAGGGGGCAGGGGCAGACUGACAACUCAUGGGACCCCCGGGCAAUAGGGGAUCAUGGGGCCCCUGUGUCCUUGCCCAAACUCAAAAAAGUCUAUGAAAAAGGUACCAGGGGAAUCUCAUGGGGCCCCCUACUGACCCCGGGCCCUCGGGCAGUGCCCGAGUUUCCAAAUGGUCAGUCCGCCCCUG